AGAUAAACUUGAGAGAGAGAUCAGGCGUGAUCCUUGGAUGCAAUACCCAACAAAAGACAUAGCAGAGCUACAGCAAUCAACUGAGAUUGAGCAAUGCAGAAUCAUUGCUACAAUCUAUGCUAUUGACAAGGAUUGGGGUUGGUACUAUUUUGGAUGCAAAGGUUGCCAAAGAAAGGUUUCCAGGAUUUCGAGAACUGUUAAAAUCGUGGCAGGGCAUGAGGUUGUAACUCAUCUGUGGUGGUGUGAAAAGUGUGAAGAUAAGGUCACACAAGUCAUCCCUAAGUUCAGGAUUCAUGUCUUGGUUAAAGAUGGUUCUGGAGAAGCUUACCUGAUGCUUCUUGAUUGGAUUGCAAGCGGAGUUGUUCCUGAAUCUGCUUCCCACUUGCUCAACGGUUCCUUAGAAGAGCUAAAAGAUGUUGAGUCUUUUCCUGAGGCUAUUACUUCUUUGAUUGGAAAGACUUUCAUGUUUGGAGUUUACAUUGAGAGUGCCAAUAUUAGUAGCAAGGGUGGGAUGUAUAAAGUUGGUAAAGUGUGGAAAGAUAUGAGUAUGCUACUCACUGCUGGUAGCACCAGUCAAUCAUUGACCUGGUCUGACAUUGGAACUAAUAAUUUAAGUUCUUCACAGGGUUCGAUUUUACCUUUGGAAAGUCAAGCAAUGGAUGACACUGUGGUAACCCCAUCAUCUAAACGCAAAGAACCCAUUGAAGGUGAGCCUGACUUAAGUUCUACAUCAAAGAAGCUGUGCACCAGAGUAUUUGUGAAGAAAGAAAAGACCAGCAAAGAGGAGUCAAACACCAAAAAAAGUGGCUAA